UUGUGUUGGUCUGGUCAGAGAAAAAGAAGGACAUUUCACAGACAUGUCUGCCUUGCAGGAGAUCAGUUUAAAUAUAAGAAACAUGAAGCAGCUGGAGUAUUCAGUCUUGGCCAGGCGGACAAACCAGAUCAAAGAUGAACUCAAAAAGGGCGUAAAAAAGUCCUACAGGGAGGUGAUCGAUGUCUCCUGGGGUGACCCACACAGGGCAGGUGUAAAACCUCUUUCAUUUGUAAGACAGGUUCUUGCAGCUUGUAUCUAUCCUCAGCUUAUGGAUGGAGACAAGCUGAUGGUGGAUGUCAAGCAGAGAGCUCAGAUGCUGCUGAGAGCAUGUCCAGGGGGAAGUGUAGGUUCAUACUGUGCUACAGCAGGAGUACCAGAAAUAGUUGAGAGAGUCUCUGAAUAUAUCACCAGACGGGAUGGUGGAGUUCCAAGUCACCCUGAAAACAUCUACAUCAGCUCCGGCUCACAGUGGGCACUAACGAACAUUUUAAAGGUCUUGGUGAAUUCUGAGGCCUCACCCAGAACAGGAGUGCUGACUCCAGUGCCGUGCCACUCCACCACUAUUUUAUCCCUAAUGGCACUGGGAGCUGAGGUAGUGCCUUACUAUCUAAGAGAGGAACAAGGCUGGGCGCUGGAUGUGGAGGAGCUACAGCGAGCUUGGGGCUCUGCUAAGGAAGUAUGCAACCCUGUUGGUCUGUAUGUCAUCAACCCUGGAAACCCAGCAGGCUAUGUUCAGAGCAGAAAAUCAAUGCAAGAGGUGAUCCGGUUUGCUGCAGAGAAGAGGCUUUUUCUUCUAGCCGAUGAGGUGUAUCAGGAUUGUGUUUUCGGGGAGGAAACUGAGUUUGUCUCUUAUAAAAGAGCUCUGGCUGAGAUGGGGUCUCCUCUGUCAGACACAGUGGAGCUGGCAUCCUUCCACACAACCUCUAAAGGCCUCAUGGGAGAGUGCGGUCUACGUGCUGGGUACGUUGAGCUCGUUAACCUCGACCCCGCUGUGAUGAAACACAUCUACAGUCUGUUCUCUGCUGACUCCUGUGCACCAGUGUUGGGACAGUUUGCUCUGGAUGUGAUGACAAAUCCUCCACAACCAGGAGACCCCUCAUAUCCCCUUUAUAUGAAGGAGACACAGCACAUCAGGACCUCAGUUGCUGAAAAUGUGAGGAGGGUAGAAGAAGUCAUAAACAGCUUGCCAGGUUUCAGCUGCCAACCAGUGGAAGGAGGAGCGUUUGCUUUCCCACGAGUGUUUCUUCCACCCAAAGCCAUUGAGACGGCAAAGGAGCUUGGAAUGAAACCAGACACAUUUUACUGUAUGAGACUGCUGGAGGAGGCAGGAGUGUUAUCAAGUCCUGGUAGUGAAUAUGGACAACAGGAGGGAACCUAUCACAUCAGAUUUUGCAUAAUGACCCCUUCAGAAAUCAUGGAAGAAAUACUGAGACGUCUGAGUACUUUUCACAAAAGGUUUAUGAACGAGUUUUCAUAAAAAUCAACAGGAAAGCUCUCUUUAAGUAUUGCAUACC